AUGGUUAAUAUUAUAUAUGAAAAAUCCAUUUAUCGGAAUAAAUUAUUAAUAAAUAAUCAAGCGAAUUUAAGUGGUCGAACGUUAUAUGUGAAAGGAUAUCGAUCAGAAGUUUAUACAAAUAUUUUAAAAUUCUUAAGACAAUUAAUGAUUAUAAAUGCGGAUCCUAAUGCUAUGGUGGAUGAAUUUUUAUUUGAUGAAUUUGAUAGUGAAAAUAAAAUAUUUGAAUCAAAAACCCGAAAAAAAAUGGAUAUUGAAGAAGAUAAUCAGCUUACCAGAGAAAGAGAAGGAGUUUGUCAUGUUUACCUUGGUUUAUUAGAGAAAGGAUUAUCGAAUGAAAGUUUAAUUGAUACAAAUUUACAAUCCACUGCAUCAUCUUGCCUUUUGGAACUUAUUUCACUUGGACCAUCAUCACUAUCACGUUCAUAUGAGAAUAGAAUAAGUUGGAUUAAGCCUUUUAUGAGUGUAACAAAAUUAGAAGUGCGUAAUUGUAUGGCGCAUGUAUUAGGAAUAGUGAGUACGAGUGAAUUGGAGAAUUAUUCGGAAAGAUGUAAAAAUGUUCAAGAACUUAUCAAAGAAUUUAUUGAUAUUGCAAAAGUAGAAUCACGACAAGUUUCCAUUGAUUAUCAUCAUGGAAGUAUAAUCGCAUUAGGAUAUAUCAUAAGUCGAUUAAUUUUUAGAUAUCCAACUAAUUAUGAUAAAUUAGUACCAGAUAACAUUUUAGCAGAAGCAAUAAAAAUAAUUAUUAAAGACUUAGAUUCAACCAAGAAUUUAUAUUUAAAUGGAUCGGCUAAAGCUUUAGGAGAGAUUGGUCGAUAUACCACUUCCAGUCAUAUAUCAAUGGGAGAUUUAAAAUAUACCGAAAAAGUAUUAUCAUUAUUCUAUGAAUUUUCAUCAUCUCUUAAACAAGUCGAUGUUCAUUUCACCAUAGGAGAAGCGAUUACAUUUAUCACUGGAGGUUGGAAGAAAAUUAAUUCAAAUGUAAUGGAAGGAGUACUUAAUAAGAUAUUUACUGAAUUAUUACCUUCAGGAAAAGCUCCAAUUAAAAAAGCUGUUUGUAUAUGGAUGUUAUGUUUAGUCAAAUUUUGUUAUAAUGUGGAUAUUAUUAAGGUUUCAUUACCAAAAAUUCAUGGAGUAUUUUCUCUUCUUUUGGCAGACAGAGAUGAAUUCGUUCAAGACGUAGCAUCAAAAGGAAUUGGACUUGUUUAUGAAUUAGGAGAUCAAGGAGUUAAAGAACAAUUGGUUAAUUCAUUAGUAGAAAUGUUUAGUGAAGGCAAACGACCAAAAGAAACAAUUGAUCGAGAUACUCAAUUAUUUGAUUCCAAUUCAUUGGGACAAACCCCUGAUGGAUCAGCGAUCACCACAUAUCAAUCAAUCUUAUCAUUAGCUUCUGAUAUGAAUCAACCUGAAUUGGUUUAUAAAUUUAUGCAGUUGGCAAGUCAUAAUGCUAUGUGGCAAACCAGAAAAGGGGCCGCAUUUGGAUUCUCUCAUAUCAUUGUUCAAGCCGAAAAUGAAUUAAAACCUUAUUUAAAAGAUUUGAUUCCAAGAUUAUAUAGAUAUCAAUUUGAUCCAAAUCCUAAAGUUAGUGAAGCGAUGACAAGUAUUUGGAAAGCUUUAAUUAAGGAUCCUAAAAAAGCAACUGAAGAAUAUUUCAAUGUUAUUGUAAAAGAUUUAUUAGUAGGAAUUGGUGAUAGAUUAUGGAGAACUCAUUUGUUACAAGGAAGAUCUAUUCAGGAAUUGGAACCACAUUUACAAAUUUUAUGGAAUAAUUCAGCAUCCAAAACAUGUCGUACAUUAACCAAAGUAACAGUUAAAUACUGUGAUCCGGAAAAUGUUUCGGUUAAUGAUGGACGUAAAAUUAUAAAUAUAAUUGUACCAUUUUUAUUAACCAAAGGAUUGGUUUCGGAUGCUGAAGAUGUUCGUAAAUUUUCAUUGAGAGCAAUUCUUAAAAUUUGUAAAUCAGCCAAAGAAUUGUUAAAAUCUCAUAUUUCAGAAAUGAUUGGAACUUUAUUGGAAGGAUUGUCUAGUAUGGAACCUCAAGUUAUGAAUUAUCUCAGUUUCCAUGUUGAAAAAUAUAAUGUAACUCAAGAACAGUAUGAAAAUACCCGUUUAUCAGCAACAAAAAUGUCACCAAUAAUGGAAGGAAUUGAAUCAUGUAUUGAUAAUAUUGAUGAAAAUGUUAUGAAAGAAUUUGAACCCAAAUUAUUACAAUUAAUAAGAAAAGGUAUUGGAUUACCAACUAAGGCGGGAUGUGCUAGAUUAUUGGUAACAUUGUCACAAAGGAAAGCACCAAUAUUGAGACCAUUUGCUGAUAAUAUUAUGAAAGCACUUAGUGGAGCUCUAUUAGAUCCAUCACCAGCAAUUCGCAAGUCAUAUGCAGUUGCGAUAGGAUAUGUCGCUCAUUUAUCUACUGAUAAUACUUUGAUUAAAUUUAUGAGUCAUUUAAAGAAAGUUUAUUGUGAUAAUAGUGAACAAGAAAUUCGAUCAAUUACAGGAAUUACAGUUUUAGAAAUAUCCCGACAUGCAUCAGAUGAAUUAAAACGAAUUUAUGUGGAAAUAAUGCCACUUGUAUAUUAUGGUAUGCAUGAUCCUGAAAUUAAUAUAAAGAAUGUAUGGACCGAAGUUUGGGAUGAAAAUACAUCAGGAUCAACUGGUGCAAUUAAAUUAUAUUUAAAUGAACUUAUUGAACUUUUAUCAAAAUUAUUGGAGUCACCUUCUUGGACAACUAAACGACAAGCAGCAUUGACAAUAGCUGAUGAAGCACUUAUUGAAGCAUUAACAUCUUCAUCUAUAUUUUGUAAAGAAUAUUUUGAAUCUAAUGAAUAUUUACAAUUAGAUGAAAUUUCCAAGGUUCUUAUACGUGAAACUAAGAAAACCAAUAAACAAUAUAAACGUCAUUGUAUGGAUAAUCUUGGAUUAUUCGCAGAUGCAUUUAGCGAUAAAUUAGAUAUUUAUGAACAAGUUAAAGAUUUCUUAAUUGAAUUAGCAAUUGGAUCACAAGAUCCAAAUGAAAUGGAUGAAGAUGAUGCAAAUGAUCGUCCUUUGUUUUUAUUGGUUAAAGCUAGUGCUAUGAAAUGUCUUGGUUUGGUUUGGUCUAAAAAUAGAAAUGUUCAAAAACAACAUUCCAAAGAACUUGGAACAAUUCUUGCUUCAUCAUUAGGAUCAGGAAAAAAUGUUUGGAAUGUGAGAUUAGGAGUUUUGUCGUCAUUAGAGAAAUUUGUUGAAAAAUUGGAUCUCAAUAAUAAUAAUAAUGAUGGACUAGUAAUUGAUGAGGAGACAAUAAUUAAUAUUUUUGAAGGAUUAAAAGAAGGUUUAUUAGAUGCAAAAUAUUUAGCAAUUCGUACAGCAAGUUUACAAUCUUUGAAAAAGGUGAUUGAAAAGAUCAAAGGUACACAAUUGAAUUCAUUACCAACAGUUCAACAACAAUUGUUGAAAACGAUAUCAAUCGCAGAGAACGAUCCUAUACCAAUAAUUAGUAAGUAA